GUGAGACGACGAUCAUGCUAGGCUCUUGAACCCUAGCAACCGGCCAAUUUCUCCGAUAGUGCUGAGAAAGGGAGACGAGGAGCAACGGCCGCUGGAUUUGGUUUCUGGCAGUGAUGCAGCGAGCUAUACGGAGUACAAUGGUUGAACGACAUUUUUAGCACCAAAUCAAAUACAUUCCAGUAUCUAAUGCGGUAGAAUUUGAGAGCUUACCAGUACUAGUUAGAGUUUUGCUUGGUAUUACUGGUCCAAAUUCUACUCAUCAUAGACAGUAUGUUCGAGCUCAUAAAGAAUUGUGGUUGAUCAAGCUUCAUCUCUUCUCUGUCACUGAUAAGGAACUUAUCCAGAGGACCUUAUGUUCUCACAAGCGGGAUAUUGAUUCAGAAAAUAACCUGGAGCAGUGCAUUGUUUGGUUGUUAUUGUAUUAGUUUGUAAGGAUUUUCAUUUAUAGCUUUAACAUUUUUUGGAUCUUUGCAACAAUUAUAUGUUUGGACGAUGUAGCUCGCUUGAGCUUUGAUUGUAAUACUUUUGGAUCUUUACCAUCUUCACAUCACCACUAAGGCGGUUUGAAUUCUCAUCUCUAUGCUCUUUUUGUUGUCUAAAAACUAUAUCCAAACCAAUUUUAGAGAUCAUUGCAUUUUUAAAAUCGUGCCCAGGUGUGUUUUUAUUUCUUACACAACUGAUUAUUAGUACAUUUAAUUACUGUCCAGCUUAUUAUCAUUUAUUUUUCAUUAUUCUUUGAUUAUGCUUUAACUUUGGUGUCCUUUAAAUAUUUUUAUUUAUUAGUCAUAAAAGAUAGAAGAGUCUGAUUUUCUAACCUUAAUGUUAACUCUAAUUGUAUCUCUUUCAGGUACUUGUAUAUAGGGCUGAUCUCAGAGAGUUGUUUCAGCAAUUUAAUUACUGUCCAACUUAUGUUUGUUUCCCCUCUUAUUCUGUAGUUCGUCUUGUAAGUCUUUGUUUGACAGGGCUUUGAAACUUUUUUAUCUAAUGGAAAGAAGUGCUAAACCAGAGCCGGAAUUCCAUAUUUUCUUCCAACAAUUGAUCAAUGUUUGUAUCUUUUCUUCAAUGGUUGAAAAUGUUGAUUAUCAUCAAUCCUCUCCCUCUUAAGAUUAUCAUACUCUUCAAUGCUAGACAUUUUUAAAUGUGAGAAUGCUCCUUCUCUAGUAGGAUCAACUCUUGUGAGAGAGAGACAUGUAAUAGUCUUGAGAAAAUUUUUCUAUGAACUUCGUGAUGUACGCUUUGUGUUUUCAUCUUUAACCUCAAAGCCCGAUUUAGGAGCUUCUGCUUGUUCCCUAUUGAGCAAGUUUAGUUUUAUCAACAAAGCUUAAAUCUCUGCAUCUUUUAAGGCUAUAGAAUUUCUAAGUAUUUUAUCUAAACACCAUAUUCCAAGUAGACAACUCUCCUUUUCUUCUCUUAUUCCUUGAGAUUCCUCUUUGAUUCCAUUUAGAAACAUUACUUUAUUUUUUUCUUGGUACUGUAGUGCGUUUCAUUUCAUGUGUAUAGUUUAUCAUACUUUUUAUUUGAAUAAGGAAGUUCAUCAAAUGGUGCAGGACCUCUCUUUGAUGGUGUAGGAGUUUAUGCUUUGCUUUAAUUUGGACAUAUUCUUUUGUCAAUUUGGAGGGUGAUUGCUUUGAUAAGCUUCCACAUUUGAAGGACCUUAUGUUCUCACAAGCGGGAUAUUGAUUCAGAAAAUAACCUGGAGCAGUGCAUUGUUUGGUUGUUAUUGUAUUAGCUUGUAAGGAUUUUCAUUUAUAGCUUUAACAUUUUUUGGAUCUUUGCAACAAUUAUAUGUUUGGACGAUGCUACGAGUGAAAGCACUCCUGCCAUCCCACUGAUGAUGAGCAUGGGGACGACCUUUGCCCUGAUCAGCACGGUAGGAUCAAUUGGCAUGAUCCCAAUCAUGUCAACCCCUACUCCUACGCCAACGACAACAAUGUUCCCAGGCCCGGUAACAACGCCUGGGGGAGCAUUCACACCAUAUCCGUCAAGCUUGGCUCAAUUUGCUGCUGACCCGGCAAAUGCUCAAGCUCUGCAAGGCUAUCAACAGGUGAUGGCCAUGAUGCAACAUGCAGGGGGCUUCAUGCCAUUUGCCUAUCCCGGCAUGAUACCACCAAUUAUGAGUCCUAUGGCACCCCCGGUGUCGACUCCGUCGACAUUCGUCCCUAGGAUGGUCCCUAUACGUCUGGUGAAUUUGACGAGGACCAUGAACGAAGCAGCACCCUCAAAUGUCCAUGAGGUCGACGAGGAGGAGCAAGAGGUGGCCCGCAGAAGGAAGGGUAAGGCUAUAGCCAAGCCCAGCAAAACUCGGGAUUCAGCGUUCAAAUGCCUAGGGGACAAGGAAGAUGGACCCCACAAGUCUGCCAAGCUACGUCUUGGUCCUGAGAUGGGCCGGACUAGCGUAAUGGAAAGACUUGGCGGAGGUCGUCCUACCCAAUCACGUCGUUCUAGGGAAUCUGAGACGAUUCACCUAGACGAGGAAGAGGCCGAAAGCCAGCCCAAGGCGUCGGCAUACACCAGACUCUCGUAUGAUGAGGAUGAUCUGGACAAGAUAGGGAGUGUAGCAAGAAAGCUACGCGCCCUGGAAGAAAAAAACAAGCGGGAGCUGGAAGAAGGCUAUACAAAGGUGAAAACCGAUAAGCCAAAGAAGGAUGACCAGAUGGGAGGGUCCAAGCCAAGAGCCACAUAUGACGGGUCUGUCCAUCAAAUAAGGGAUGAGAAGAAGGGAGAACAACCCAAGAGACCCUGGAUAGAAAAGUGGUGUACGUACCACCAAUCUGACUCCCAUAACACGGCGGAUUGCCAAAACGUCAAGGUUGUGCUCAAGGAGAUGGCCUUGAAGGGAGAACUUGGAGAAGGAUAUGCAACGGGACACAAGAAAGAUCCGAAAGCUAAUACCUGGACCCGUCCUCAGGAAAAGGAUCAAGGAAGGAGGAAAGGCAAGGACAACAACAAGCCGGAUAAAGAGUUCAUCAAGAUGAUUGUUAGCGGCCCGGAAGGAAGGGAUACAACCUCCCAGCGGAAGAACUGGGCCAGGAGUCUACAUGUAUCGGUGGUUUCCGUGGAAUCACAUGGGAAGCAGGCAAGGAGAGAGCCUAUCACUUUCACUGAUAGGGAUCUGCCCAGGACGGGAGGAGAUCAUAAUGACCCUUUGGUCAUUACGAUGGAUAUCAAUGGAGCUGAUGUGGCCAGGGUCCUAGUUGACACAGGAAGCAGUGUCAAUGUUUUGUACUUGGACGCUUUCAAGAAAUUGAAGCUGGACAGGUCCAUGUUGAGGCCAUUACAAACUCCACUGUCAAGCUUUACUGGAGCUAGCAUAGAAGCGGAAGGUCAGAUCACCUUACCGGUUACUUUGGGGUCGGGUAACAGGACAGUGACCAAACAAAUGAGAUUUCUUGUGGUCGAUAUCAAGUGUGUGCAUAAUGCCAUUCUGGGUAGGCCUAAAAUCAACCAGGUUAGGGCCAUCAUUUCUAUGGCACAUUUAUGCAUGAAGUUUUACACUUCCAAUGGAAUCGGGGAGGAAAGGGGUGAUCAAAAGAAUGCCCGGUCCUGUUAUCUAGAAGCGGUUAAGAAGAUGACCCGUCAGUUCGAACAAAUUGAACUAGUCUCCCAGCAUGUAGACAAGGGCGAGGAGAAGGCUAAGAUCGAGCCGGAUGCUAACACGGAGGAGAUCCAGGUUGAUGCUUCCAACCCUGAAAGGAAGGUCAGAAUUGGAGCGGAUCUUCAAGAAGAGUCAAGGACUGAGAUUGUCGAGGUGUUGACCAGGUAUAAAUCAUUAUUUGCCUGGAGUGUUGCUGAUAUGCCUGGGAUUAACCGGUCAGUCAUUUGCCAUCGUUUCUCUGUUCUUGAGGGGUCUAGGCCUGUAAGACAGAAGAAGAGAUUCUUGGCAAGUGAAAGGAGGGACUUUGUGAAAAAGGAGGUCAAGGACCUACUUGAGGAAGAAGAACCGGCAAGGGAGAUCACUGAGUCUUGGUGGUCCAUGUCGGUAGAUGGAGCCUCUGGACCGAAAGGUUACGAGGGAGGUAUAGUAUUCACAACUCCGGAAGGGUUCAAGGUAUAUCAUGCCUUGAUCUUUAGCUUCAAACUCACGAACAAUGAGGCGGAGUAUGAGGCGCUGAUAGGGGGUCUGAGAUUGGCCAAAACCCUACAAAUCACAUGCCUCAGGAUCAAGUCCGAUUCAAGCUUGGUGGUAGGCCAUAUCAAUGGCAAUAUGGAAGAUAAAGGAGAGAAGAUGCAGAGAUACAGAGACUUGGCAAGGGCAUUACUGAAGGAUCUGACUGAGUAUGUGAUAGAGCAAAUCCCGAGGGGGGAGAACACUGAUGCCGACUUACUAUCGAAAUUGACGCAAGAAGCCCCGGAACAUGUGUCUAAGCUGGCCAGGAUUGAGACGCUGGAGAAAGCCAGCAUUGAAGGGUUUUCUGUUAGCCUCAUAGAGGAGGAUGGACAGCCCAAUCCAGAUCAAGUGGAGCCAGAUGGUGUUUGGAUGGAUGAUUUGGUCAAGUACUACAUGACCGGGCAAUUCUCUGAAGAUGAGGACAGGGUGAGAAAAGUAAAAUUGAGGGUUCCAAGAUUCCAAAUGCUUGAUGGAAGGCUAUACAAAAGAGCAUUUGGCGGGCCGGUGCUGAGAUGCUUGACCAGGGCAGAAGCGGAAAGAGUGAUAGCCGAAGUUCAUGAGGGUGUGUGCGCAGCCCACCAAAUGUCCAGGACACUCGCACAAAGGAUCAUUUUGCUAGGUUAUUCCUGGCCUACAAUGAACCAAGAUUGCGAGAAGUAUGUCCAAAGGUGCAAGACCUGCCAGGUGUUCUACAAGUUUCCGGAAAUGCCUGCGACAUACUACCACCCAGUUUCCAAUGUUAUUCCGUUCUCAAGGUUUGGGAUGGACAUCAUUGGAGCUUUCCCUCAAGCUCAAGGAAGAAAGAAGUACGUAAUGGUUCCGAUUGACUACUUCACAAAAUGGGUAGAGGCAGAGGCAUACGCAACCAUUACGACCAAGCAAUGCCAGCGCUUCGUCUGGAAGAAUAUCAUCACACGGUUCGGGUCUCCACGAAACAUUGUGACAGAUAACGGGCCUCAAUUUCGAUAUCCAGGGUUCAGAAAAUACUUGGAGGACUUCGGGAUUACUCACAACAAGGCUUCCGUGGCCUACCCGCAAGGGAAUGGCCAGGUGGAAAAUGCGAACCGCACUAUAGUCGAUGGUAUCAAGAAGCGGUUGGGUGAAGCUGGAACAAAUUGGUUAGAAGAGUUGCCACAUAUCAUCUGGGCAUACCGGGUCACUUCGAGAAGGGCCACAGGGGAGACACCCUUCAUCCUUACAUAUGGGUGUGAGGCUAGACUACCCAUCGAAGCUAAAAUAAUGACCUUCGAGGAGAAAAUCUAUGAAGAGAAAGGGAAUGAAAAGAACCAUUUGGCAGAGUUGAACUUGCUGGAGGAAAGGCGGAUGGUCAUCAAGGCUAAAAUGAUAGAGUAUCAGCAAGCAGCCAAAGCCUAUCAUAAUAAUAGGGUAGGGCCUCGAUACUUCCAAGUAGGUGACGAGGUCUUGAGACGAAUGGAGGCCAGCAAACCAGGAGACGGGGGAAAGCUGACAAAGAAAUGGGAAGGUCCGUAUAGGGUCACGACAAUAUUACGCCCUGGGACAUACAAGUUGGAAACAAUGGAAGGUCGGGAGUUAGAAAGGUGCUGGAAUUCCCACCACCUUAGGAAAUUCUACCGAUAGGCCAAAAUUGGCAGGGCAUGUACUUGUAAUGCUUUUUCGAUGAUGAAUAAAAGCUUUUUUCAAUACUUGUAGGGCUGGGUCAGUAGUACUAAAAUAACAUGUCUUGAUGUAAGAGGCAAGGUCACAAAAAAAAGAGAUAGACCCUUGAGAUAGGGGCCUUGAUGUUGAGGUAUAGUCUUGAGAUAGGCUGGGUCUGGAAGAGGACUCGCGUCCAUACUUGCAUGGAUCCCUACCAAAUUUUCGUUUGGAAAGGGGCAAAAAGAUGCCAAAAUAAAAACUGUUUACCGUC